CAAGACUGCAAGAGAAAUACUCAUAGCAUCUAUCACAAUGCAGAUACGAGCUCCGGUGAAGGAGAGAAUGGGUAUGAAAUGGUUCAAUCCGCACCACAUGAUUCCAACGUUUUUACCAGCUAGCUGACCAGAGAUCAUGAUCUCUUUACUUUCACUGCUUACCCUUUUCCAGGCUUACACUGCAGUUGCUGGUCUGGAACCAGAACGCCUCAUCGUCCUCGACACAGGUGUAGGUCAUCGCAGCACACCCAUUCCUCGAUGGCCCACCUCACUUCGGAGUCUGACCACGCGCGGUAUCAACGCGACUAUUCUUACACAGUUUGGCGCCAACUCGAAUACGACCCAGGCCAGUGAGCCCAUUGGUGCAUAUGCACUCGCAUACUCUUUUUCGAUUCCGACUCUCUUCUCAGCGACAGGCCAAGAUAUAGUCCGCACAAGUACAGACGGUGGUGAUGCGGAGACUGUCCUGAACGCCGACAAGGAUCACUAUGGGCAAACUAUGAGCAUGACGGUUGCAGAGAAAGAACAAAAGAUUUACUACGGCAACUCGUUUACGGGGUUAAUCAAGAAGGCGAAUCUCGAUGGAUCAUACGACUCUUUGGUGCGGAAUGUGUCUGAAGGUCUAGACUAUUCUAUUCUUUCUUACGCCUCAGCCAUCUCCUACGCAGGAGGAAUCGCAGUAGACGAGGAGAGAGGCUGGCUGUACUGGAGCUCCGUUCGUGGUGUCGAUGACGGAAGCAUACGGCGCGUGCCUAUAAGUGGACUUGGGGAAGAGCAAGUCUUAGUUAGUGGAAUCAAGACACCAGGCCAAAUCCGUGUCGUAAAAGACUCAUUAUUCUGGAUUGAAGGAGGGCGACAGAGUAACUCUCCAACUGCCAUUAAGUUCCUCGACCGUUAUCUGUCCCAGCUGCCCUCAUCUGGUUCUCCGAAUACUCCGAUUCCGACAGGUACUCUUAUCUCAUCAAGCCAGUCGCCCCUAUUCUUUGAGAAUGAUUCCACAGGCGAGAAACAGACUCUUGCUAUCACAAGCUUUGUUGUUUAUCGCAAUGGAGUGGAGCAGAAAGUAUGGUUUGUGGUUAAUAGCGCCGGCAGAACAGUAUUUGGGAAAUUGAUCGAGGUUGUGUGGCGAGGAAGCGGAGAUGGGAGGGGGCCAGUAUCUGAAGUGUUAAAUGGCGAUACCGAAGAUGUUGGUGUCCCAGUUGGAGUAGAAUACGUAUAA